AUGGAUGUGGACAGCGGCAAUGAACCUAGCAGCUUUGCCCGCCUGGGAGCGCACCGUGCUUAUUUAGCGACGGAGAGAUUUGUGUCCCAGCUCGAAGCUUCCUUCCCAGUCUCACGUCAACAAGCCCGACACAAUAUGCCUACUAACACGAGAAAAGCAAAGCACGCCAACAGCGUGGCCUGGAAGCCAAGCACUUCACAGUGCCUGGUCAUGGCCACGCUAUGCUCUCUAUCACUGAUGGUUUCUCUCGACGCCUCAGUUCUGGUCACAUCACUCAAUGCGAUCAUUGUCGAUCUCCAGAUAGACACUACGCAAGGCUUCUGGAUCGCCACGUCAUAUCUACUCGCGAACACCAUCUCCAUGCCGACAGCUGCAGCACUCAGCGACAUAUUUGGUCGUCGCAUAUGUCUCCUCGCAUCCCUCGCUUUCUUCUCGGCAGGAUCUAUCCUAUGCUGCCUCGCGGAAAACAUCUCCAUCAUGCUCGCGGGACGUUGUCUGCAGGGUGUUGGUGGUGGAGGGAUCAUCAUCUUGAGCCUCGUUAUCUUCACCGAUAUAGUCCCCCUUAAGUCCCGGCCGAAGUGGUAUGCAAUGAUACUCGGAGCCUGGGCAUUGGGCAACUGCACUGGCCCAACCAUCGGAGGUGCGAUCGCUCAGUACACCACUUGGCGCUGGGUGUUCUACCUCGUCUUUCCCUUCUGCGCCAUCGGGAUCGUGACGAUCAUUCUGAUGGCCGAGACUGGAGCAAAAAACGCGAGGCUCGCCAGUUUCGACUCGAUUGGCUGUGUCUGCUUUACUGCUUCCAUCACCUCUUUCCUCAUUGCCGUCUCUUGGGGGGGCGUGCAGUAUAGUUGGACAAGCGCCACGACUCUUGGUCCUUUGGUUGUUGGUUUGUGUGGCCUGAUCGCCACUGUGAUCUUUGAGGCACAUGUCAAGAAAUCACCUUACCUCCGUCUCCGUCUGUUUCGAAACAUCCGCGUAGCUGCACCCUACGUGUGUGGGCUUCUCCAAGGUCUUAUGCUGUACGGCCAACUCUAUUACAUCCCAUUCUACUUCCAGUCUGUCAAGGGGUUUACGGCUCUCCAGACCGGUGUGGCAAUCAUCCCUGUGGCGGUCUCUCUUGUGGCGGGUUCCGUUGUCUCAGGCAUAGUUAUCACCCGGCUGAACCACGUCGGGUAUCCCAUCUGGGGUGGCUGGGUUCUGGCGAUAGUGGCAACGGGGCUCACCCUGCUGUGGGAUCGAGACAUACACCAGGCAGUCUGGGUCAUCACACUCCUCCUCCUCGGCUUUGGCCAUGGCGCAGUCCUGAACGCACAGAACUUUGCGACUCAAGAGAUGGCAAGCGACGACGAGCAUGGUAACGCGGCUGCCAUGUAUGGCUUUCUGCGACAGUUCGGCAUGGCGCUGGGGGUCGCGGCCGGCACUGCUGUUUUCCAGAAUGUCAUGUCAAUCAAGCUGGAUGAGUUAGGUCUGUCACGGGAGAUUGCCGUCCACAGUGAGAGCUACAUUGUCAAGCUCUCUUUGCUUCCUGCCGGGAGCGAACUCAAGGAACAGGCCCUUGAGGCAUAUCUCUAUGGGUUUCGCGGGGUUUUUGGGUUUUUCACAGCAGUCGCUGAGGUAACGGACGUCACACGUCUCACAUUUCUAAGCGUGUGGUCUCGCAGAUAUUCAUUCAACAAGGUAACCAGUGGCGCGAAGUCGCUGAGCCUCUUCACGUGCCAGACCAUGUGGACGCGGCAUUCGUAG